AUGAGCCAAGAUAAACAAGUCCAAUCUAACCAAUACACCGCUCUGCUCAGAUUCAUCAGAUCGUCGUCCAUCAACCUCAUCCUACCCUUCAUCAACGGCCUGAUGUUGGGUUUUGGCGAACUAGUGGCUCAUGAAAUCAGCUGGCGCAAUAACUGGUUCAGCAGAUCCAACAACAAGGGCUACAACAUCUUCCCAGAAUCAAGAAAAUCAUCUUUCAUAUAA